AUGAGCGCCGACCAGUUCAAGGCCCGGACGAUGAAGAGGAAGAACGUCAAGGGUCUGGCCCUCAGUGCGCCGCCAAAGCCAGCAGUGCCCUCCGACGAGGAUGCGCAACUGCCAGGUGCGCUGGGCAACGACGGUCGAAGAGCAGACACAUUGGAGAUUGGCGUGGAAUUCAGACCCGACUGGCGGAGUGAAGAUCUGGAGGUCAUAAAAGAGCUCGGCUCAGGCAAUGGCGGCACAGUGAGCAAAGUCAGACACAUGGGUUGGAACAUAACGAUGGCGCGCAAGAUCAUACACGUCGAGGCGAAGAAGGAGGUCCGGAAGCGCAUUGUGAGGGAAUUGCAGAUCAUGCACGAGUGCAAUUCGCCUUACAUUGUGUCCUUCUAUGGCGCAUUCAUGAAUGAAGCCAACGAUGUGACCAUGUGCAUGGAGUAUAUGGAUGUUGGCUCCCUCGACAGCAUAUCCAAGCACUUCGGUCCAGUCCGCGUAGACGUCCUCGGUAAGAUCGCAGAGGCUGUUCUCGGCGGCCUGAAGUACCUGUACCUCGCCCACCGCAUCAUGCAUCGCGACAUCAAGCCUUCGAACGUCCUGGUCAACAGCAAAGGACAGAUCAAGCUCUGUGACUUCGGUGUGUCUUCAGAGUUGGAGAACAGCGUGGCAGAUACUUUUGUUGGAACGGGCACAUACAUGGCUCCAGAGCGGAUACAGGGCAGCCCAUAUACCGUCAAGAGUGACGUUUGGAGUGUUGGUUUGACGUUGAUGGAACUGGCUAUUGGCAAAUUCCCUUUCAGCAUCGAAAGCGAAGACGGAGAAGAUGAUGCUACCGGCCCACAAGGCAUCCUGGACCUGCUACAACAGAUUGUACUGGAACCUGCGCCAAAACUUCCGAAGAGUGACGCGUUCCCGCAGAUAUUGGAAGAUGUGAUUGCGAAGUGUUUGAUGAAGAACCCAGACGAGCGACCCACCCCUCAAGAGCUGUAUGACACCGACCCCUUCCUUCAGGCUGCGAAGCGCACUCCCGUGGACCUGGAGGCAUGGGCCGUCAGUCUCAUGGAGCGACACAACAGGAAGAGCCACCUUGCGCCGCAGCUCUCGCCCGCGACAAGAGCCAUGCUACGUGGCGAGGACACACCCAGCCAGAGUUCAAGCGCCAGCAUAAACGAGCAAACACCCACCUCUGGCGAUAUACCAAUAUCCUCUGCAUCAACGAAUGGCUCGGGCUCGGCGCGGCCGUUUCCAAUCAGAACUUCGAGUGCAAAUUACGUGGGGCAACAGCAGCAGCAGCAAAUGCACCUACCUAUUAGACAAGCUCGUAGCAGACCUGAGACGGCAGGUAGCGAUCGAGGGGCUCGCUAUAAUGUACAAUGA